CUCACGUUGUAAAAAAGGGGAUCGUCAGCCGAUAGAAGGCAGUCUGAUGGCUCCCAAGAAUCUAUAGAUCACAUCACGGAAUCAUUGUUUUUGGAAGCCCUAAAGGACUUUUGUUUGACGUUUCGGGGGGGUUGCAGUUUCUUUUUGGUACACUGGCAGCAGUGUGGCAGCCAGCUGUCCCGAUCUGAGUGUUUUCUGGCUUUGAUGCGACCCGAGUGUGCCUGGAGCAUGUCCACAGUGGGCCUGACUGCCCAGGAGACAUCUUUUCCCAUAGAACACCCCUUCUUGCGGGGAGGGUACUGUCGUCACAGCAUGGAUGGAUUCAAACCAUCAUGGAGCCAUCGCCAUGACCUGGAGAACUUCUACUUCACUCUGAAAUCUGCACACACAGAUAACAGCGCUCAUGGCCAGCAGAAGGGUCCGCCAACUCUAAGUUACGAGAGGCACAAAUACAGUUCCAGCACACUGAAAUUACCCAAGAAGUCCCGGCCUUCCCACCUCUCCCUGUCUUGUGCGGCUGAACCCUCCACCCCAAGUCUGGCCGAUGACGACCAGGUGGUCCCCUCAUUGCAAAGGCUCUCCAUGUGCAGCAGUCCGCCACAGACCCCCGGCAGGUGCUCCAAGCCACUGCCCCCCAUCCCCCUGCACAGGGACAUGUCAUCCGAGCAGGCAAUGGACAACGAGGUGGAGUUCUUUCUCAGUGCGGACGAGAGCUGCUGCCUGGUAUCUCAUCAGUAUUCCAAACCUUUCCGUCACGGGGUUUUCAGUCGAAGGAGCUUCAGGGACUGCGGGCAGGUCAACCACGCUUACUACGACGGACCCUUAGCACCACAAAGGCCCCUGCAGCAUCAGCAGCAGCAGCAGCAGCAGUAUCAGCAGCAGCAGCAGCAGCAUCCUGCACAUCCCCCACAGCAGGAAGUGAGUCAAGAGCAGCCAGCGGUUUGUCAGAGAGCACAGGACAAAAGUCAGAGGAAACUCAGGCGCUCUCACUCUGGACCAGCCGGAUGCUUUAACAAACCCUCUCAACUGCGCCCUGCCUGCCGCAGUCGGUACUCCUACAACACAGACAGGUCAGAGGUUCCUCCUCCCGUCCCACCACGAACAAUCAAGACGGCAGACUCUCGCCGCUGGUCAGCGUACAGCGACGAGGACAGACCGCCCAAGCUGCCCCCGAGGGAGCCCUUGUCCCUAGGUAGCUCCCGCACCCCCAGCCCCAAGACCCUCCCCAAGUACCACAAUGGCAUCUUGCCCCCGACCCAAAGCUUUGCACCGGACCCCAAUUUUGUCAGUCGGGGUUUACAGAGACAGAACAGCGAGGGCUCCCCUUGCAUCCUGCCUAUCGUAGAUAAUCAGGGGAACCAGGCCAGCCACACUCACUACUACCUUCUGCCUCAUCGCCCCACUUUUAUGGACUCCCCUUCCGUGGAAAAGCUGCUGCGGGCCUUGGAAAGCCCGUCGGCUCGCGACACGGAUGUAUCGGACUCGGAGUGCGACUGACACACUCGAAGGAAAGCUCCCGUGGAUGUAGUUUGAACUGCUGCUUUUUUACUUUGAAGCCGUUAUGUAUUGUACGACACCGGGGUACCAGGGUAGGGUAUCCAGUUACUGCUAACGGUGAGCACCAUCACUAAAGGUUGCGUUUGGUGUUCAAACGUGUUUUUUUUUUAAAUCACGUGGCAGUACAGUGUGAAAGGUGCAAGCGGGCCUUGAACCUCUCAUGUUCAGUGUUUUAGUGUAUGGAAGGGUGAGGAUGCUCAGCAUGAUGUGUCGGGGCUUGUAUUUUAUUUUAAAAAGCUGCUUCGUAUCUCACCAGGGACACAAGGUCCACAAUGUGACACCUAAUCCAUCAAGUAGGGAUGGGCAUGAUCGGUGAUUGGUGAUUCAUCAUGUCUUGAAGCAAUGGGAGUAAAAUGGAGUGCACUACUUGGCUGCAACCAGCAGAGGCGCUGCUGAUUUAGUCUAAAGGAGAACAUCAGCUAUGAAAUCUGCCCAAUAAGACACUGGCAUGGAAACAGGAGUUAAGAACAUUCAGAUUCUCCCAUCCCAGUAACAGGAAAAAUAAUAGCUUAAAAAUAAUAAAGUUAUCCUCAUACGCUAUGAAAAUGUACAUAGCUCAAUGCCCAUCCCUGAAACGUGAAGAUAGGGUCUAAUGAAGGAUUCUAGCACACAAAUAUCUACACCAUAUCUUUUUUUUGUUUGUUUGUUUAUUGGGCCAUCGUGUUUAUGUUUAUGCAUCGGGAUGUCAAGUGCAGCUUCGGUAGCCACCUUUCACACAGAGAUUCCGUAAAAUAGAUGCAUCAGAGCCGUGACAGUAGAUCCUGUUGCCUUUCACACAAUACCCAACAAAGGGGUUUAGUAUAGCAACUGCAUGCGCUUUCACACAGCAAAACCAAUAGUGUCAGUUAGAACACAACAGGGCAGGAGGAGGCUCUGACGCCCUUUCCCCCAACCCCCAAAUGAAAAUUUGGCGUAUCAAAGCCGUCACAGAAGAUCCCGCAGGCGGGAUUUACGCUCUCACACGGCGACACAGCAUCCUGCGAUCUGAUAAUUUGAUAUGUAACGUGCUUGUCAGACAGGGACAUUCCUUUCAACGCAACAGGAUGGGAGAAUUGAAUGUCCCAUCGUUACAGCAUAUACAUUUACACAGGCGUCUCUGUUACGGCAUACCUCUGACGGGAGAAUAAUGACUUGACGACUUAGUCCUCCCGUUUUGUUGACAUUUAUACAGAGCAGUAGCCUGGAAAGAUUUUACAAGCUGUGUGAAAGGCUCUAUUGAUAUCCUGUGAAACAGGUGCGUCAGAGCCGCCAGAGAAGAUCAGGUAUUUGCUUUGUACGCAGAACCCAGCAAAACAGGAUAUUUUUGCAACUGAGUACGCUUUCACACUGCAACACGGCGUCCCACAAUCAAUAAAUUACGCACCGUCUGUGAUGUACUGUAUGAAAUCAGACACAACGGGUCGAUAGAAUUGAAUAUCCCACCAUUAAGGCAUCCAGUGUUGUCGUCCUGGCUCUGUUACGGCUCUCGUACUACCUCUGGUGGGGGAAAAUUGGCAGGGUGACUCCUUCUGUGACUGUGCUGUUUAUACAGAACACCAGCUCAGGAAAAAGGUGCAAAAUAUGUGCAUCAGGACCAUAACAGAAAAUUCUGAUUUAAGAUGCAUUUGCUUUUACACAAAACUCAGCAAAGUGCAAUAUUGCAAUAUUAACUGUGUGCGCUUUCACGCAGCCACACGCCAUCCAGUAAUCAGAUACCGUAAUGUAUAAAAUACAUUGUCGAACAGCGACAAUUGCUGUCAAGAAGCGUAAGUGUCUUGCCCUUCCAGCACCUGCUAUUUAAACAGUCGUCGUCGUGGCUCUGUUACCGCUGUGAUACUACUACUCCAAAGUCAAGCUGCAAAAAGUGGGAAACAUGCCAGCUUUAGGGGCUGUAGUUGUCCUGUAAAAUAGGUGCAUUCGAGCCACAACAGAAGAUCAGGCCUCUGCUUUUUGUGCAGCACGCAGCGAAAUGGGAUAUUUGCUCUUUCACACAGCAACAUGGCUUCCUGCAGUGACAAUUGCUGUCAACACAACAGUGCAGGAGGAGGGAGUGUCGGGUACUAAACUUCACAUUCAUAUCCCACCACGGGUAUCAUCCUGGAUCUGUUACGGCUCUGAUAUGUCUUCUGAAUGUGCAGUAAUGGCGGGGCGACCCAUUCAGUGUGGUGCCAUUUGCACAGAAAAACUGGAAAGAUGGCGGCUUUUACAGACUGUGUAAAGGGGGCUGCAGAUUAGGAAUACAGAAUGACAGAAGAUUGCAAUUUGCUUUUUAGCAAAGCAAGAUAUUUCCAAACUGGCAUCCUGGUACUGCGCUGAUACUACUAGUCCAAAGCUAACCUGCAAAACGGCGCAAAGAUGUCUAAAAGGGGCUAGAGAUCUCUCCAAAUUGAGUGGCAUAACAGAAGAUCAGGCUUUUUACACAGAACCUAGAGAAACAGGAUAUUUGCCCGACUGUGCGCUUUUACACAGCAGCACACCUCCUGCCCCUGUUGUCUCUGGUCCAGCUCUGAUGCUACCACACAAAAGCCGGCUAAUUUGUAGGGCGACAUUGGACGGUAGGACGGUUCUAUAGAGAAAUAAAAAGCCAGCUGUGUGAAAGGGGCUAUGUUGAGUGUGUGUGUGUGGCAACCGUAUUUGUUACUUUGUGUGUGUGUGUGUGUGUGUGUGUGUGUGGAGGUAACCUGAGUGAAUGCAUUCUUACUGAAAUUGUAAUGUAGUGGUCAAACUGUGAAGUACUACCUCCCUCCAUAUCCAAUCCUCUAUUUCACAUAGUCCACCUUCUCUUCUGUUCCGUCAUGUUGUGUGCAUGGUCUUAAAGCCACACAUGCAGAGAGCUGUCACACAGACUUUCCUGUUCUCAUACAUUCCUGCCUUACAUGAUUGCAGUGGGUGUGGUCUGACAGACUUUGGCUGCUGGCAGCCUAGAAAAAAGAUCUUUUUUUUUGUAUUUUAUUAUGAUUAUAGUUGUUGCUCAGCCAAGAGACAUGUUGUAAAUGUAGCACACGUGUUGAAGUUCACUUUGGGCUCACUAAAGGUCAAUUGAAGUAUACUUUUUGUUGUUUUCUUUCCUGUUCUGACUUAAAAAGUCCAACAAUGAUAAUGUUUACAUCAUACACUGGUACUAUUUAAUCUUAAAGGUAUUGAAAUGUCUUAUUAUAGGACGAAGAAGAAGUGAAGAUGAGUAAAAAAAAUAAUAAUGAUAAUAAUAAUCUCUGCUGUGGUGAAGAUAUGCACUGGGAGAGUGUAGUAUGCUGUGUACAGUAUUUAACAAUUCCAUUUGUAGCCUUUUUUUUUUUUUUAAAGAAAUAAACUUUAUUUAUGAA